AUGGUUCUUGCAGCUCGUUGUGGGCAGGCGGCGUCCCUGCUGCGAUCGCGAUGUCUCGCUGAGUCUCGUCCUCUUUCUCUCCGAGCCUUUUCUUCCCAGUCAUCUGUCCGAUCUACGGCCGCUGCUCUGCGCCUGCAGAAGCUCCCCUCCCCGGCUCGUUCUCAGCAGCUGCGCUCCUUCUCCAGCUCGCUGCUCCGUCUGGCUGAGCAGAAGGGUCCCUCCGCCGACGCUUACCUGGCCAGCGGUGCCAUCAAGCCCAGCAAGCUUGUCGAUGUGAAGAAGGUGCUGGUCAUUGGUAGUGGUGGUCUGAGCAUUGGACAGGCUGGAGAGUUCGAUUAUUCUGGCUCCCAGGCUUUGAAGGCCCUGAAGGAGGCUGGUGUCCAGUCGGUCCUGAUCAACCCCAACAUCGCGACCAUCCAGACUGACCACAAGCUGGCCGAUGAGGUCUACUACCUCCCCGUCACUCCCGAAUAUGUCACUCACGUCAUUGAGCGCGAGCGUCCCGACGGUAUCAUGCUGACCUUCGGUGGUCAGACUGGUCUCAACUUGGGUGUCCAGAUGAACCGCAUGGGUAUCUUCGAGCGCUACGGUGUUAAGGUUCUCGGAACCAGCAUCAAGACCCUGGAGACCAGUGAGGACCGUGAUCUCUUCGCCCAGGCUCUGAAGGAGAUUAACAUCCCCAUUGCCGAGUCGAUCGCAGUCAACACUGUUGACGACGCCCUGGAGGCCGCCAAGACUGUUGGCUACCCCAUCAUUGUUCGGUCCGCCUACGCUCUUGGUGGUCUGGGCUCUGGCUUUGCCGCCAACGAGGAUGAGCUGCGUGAUCUGUCCUCUCGCUCUCUGUCUCUCUCUCCCCAGAUUCUUGUUGAGAAGUCUCUCAAGGGCUGGAAGGAGGUCGAGUACGAGGUCGUCCGUGAUGCCUCCAACAACUGUAUCACCGUCUGCAACAUGGAGAACUUCGAUCCUCUCGGUGUACACACCGGUGACAGUAUCGUUGUUGCCCCUAGUCAGACUCUGUCCGACGAGGAGUACCACAUGCUGCGUACUGCUGCCAUCAAGAUCGUUCGUCACCUUGGUGUCGUCGGAGAGUGCAACGUCCAGUACGCUCUGCAGCCCGAUGGUCUUGACUACCGUGUGAUUGAGGUGAACGCUCGUCUGUCGCGUUCCUCUGCUCUGGCUUCUAAGGCUACCGGCUACCCUCUUGCCUACACUGCCGCCAAGAUCGGUCUCGGACACACCCUGCCCGAGCUCCCCAACGCUGUCACCAAGACUACCACUGCCAACUUCGAGCCCAGUCUGGACUACAUUGUCACCAAGAUCCCUCGUUGGGACUUGAGCAAGUUCCAGCACGUUAACCGCGACAUUGGCAGUGCCAUGAAGUCUGUCGGUGAGGUUAUGGCUAUUGGUCGUACCUUCGAGGAGUCUCUGCAGAAGGCCAUCCGUCAGGUUGACCCCCGGUACGUCGGUCUCCAGGGUGACAAGUUUGAGAACCUGGAUGACGUUCUCGCCAACCCUACCGACCGUCGUUGGUUGGCUGUUGGUCAGGCUAUGCUCCACGAGGGUUACUCCGUGGAGAAGGUCCACGAGCUCUCCAAGAUCGAUAAGUGGUUCUUGUACAAGAUCCAGAACAUUGUCGACUGCCACAACGAGCUCAAGGCGAUUGGCAGCCUUUUCGGCGUCAAGCAGGAGAUUAUGUUGAAGGCCAAGAAGCUCGGCUUCUCUGACAAGCAGAUCUCCCUCCUGGUCGGUUCCACCGAGGAUGAGGUCCGUGCUCGCCGUAAGUCCUUCGGCAUUACCCCCUGGGUUAAGAAGAUUGAUACCCUGGCUGCCGAGUUCCCUGCCGACACCAACUACUUGUACACCACCUACAACGCUUCCUCGCACGAUGUGACUUUCGACGACCACGGUACUCUCAUUCUGGGUAGCGGUGUCUACCGCAUUGGUAGCUCCGUCGAGUUCGAUUGGUGUGCUGUCAACGCCACUCUCUCCUUGCGCAGCAUGGGCAAGAAGACUGUCAUGAUCAACUACAACCCCGAGACCUACUCCACUGACUUCGAUACUGCUGACAAGCUGUACUUCGAGGAGCUGAGCUACGAGCGUGUGAUGGAUAUCUACGAGCUCGAGGCCGCCAGCGGUGUUGUUGUCUCUGUCGGUGGCCAGCUGCCGCAGAACAUUGCACUGCGUCUGCAGGAGACCGGCGGUGCUCACAUUCUCGGAACUAACCCCGUGGACAUUGACAAGGCCGAGGACCGUCACAAGUUCUCCCAGAUCCUUGACAGCAUUGGUGUUGACCAGCCCGCCUGGAAGGAGCUGACCUCCGUCGCCGAGGCUGAGCGCUUCGCCGAGUCCGUUGGAUACCCCGUCCUGGUCCGCCCCUCUUACGUUCUGUCUGGUGCCGCCAUGAACGUCAUCUACAGUGUUGAUGAGCUCAAGGAGAAGCUUCUGAACGCCAGUGCCGUCUCUCCCGACCACCCCGUUGUUAUCACCAAGUUCAUCGAGGGUGCCGAGGAGAUUGAUGUUGACGCCGUCGCUUCCAACGGUAAGCUCCUGCUCCACGCCGUCAGUGAGCACGUUGAGCCCGCCGGUGUCCACUCCGGUGACGCCACUCUGGUUCUUCCUCCUGUCAACCUUGACGAGUCCAUCAUGAGCCGUGUCAAGGAUAUCGCUGAGAAGGUCGCCAAGGCCUGGAACAUCACCGGUCCCUUCAACAUGCAGAUCAUCAAGGCUGAUCAGGAUGGUGAGUCUCAGCUCAAGGUCAUUGAGUGCAACCUGCGUGCCUCUCGUUCGUUCCCCUUCGUCAGCAAGGUCCUGGGUACCAACUUCAUUGACGUUGCCACUAAGGCCCUUGUCGGCCGUGACGUCCCUGAGCCCGUUGACCUGAUGAAGGAGAAGCGCGAUUACCUCGCCACCAAGGUUCCCCAGUUCUCCUGGACCCGUCUGGCUGGUGCCGACCCCUUCCUGGGUGUUGAGAUGUCCUCCACUGGUGAGAUUGCUUGCUUCGGUAAGGAUCUUGUUGAGGCCUACUGGACCUCUCUCCAGUCCACCAUGAACUUCCGUAUGCCCGAGUCCGGCGAGGGUAUCCUCCUCGGUGGUGACGUUACCCAGCCUUACCUGGCCACCAUCGUCGACUACCUGAACCCUCUGGGCUUCAAGUUCUACGCUGCCAACCCCGAGGUCAAGGCCCACAUUGAGGCCACCUGCAAGGACAACGCCUCUGUGCAGGUGAUCGAGUUCCCCAAGAAGGACAAGCGUGCUCUCCGUGAAGUUUUCCAGAAGUACGACAUUCGUGGUGUCUUCAACCUGGCCAAGACCCGUGGCAAGACCCAGCUCGAUGAGGACUACGUCAUGCGCCGCAACGCUGUCGACUUCAGUGUUCCUCUGUUCAUGGAGCCCAAGACUGCUCAGCUCUUCGCUCAGUGCAUGAACGAGAAGAUGCCCCGUGCUGAGGGUAUCCCCUCCGAGGUCCGCACCUGGUCCAACUUCGUUGGCGGAAAGCUCCUGUAA